AUGUAUCACUAUGAUGGAAAUGGAUAAUCUCCUAAUUAUUGUUAAUAAGAAAAACUUGUAGCCAAAGUUUUCAGGAAAAAUGCUUAAUAAUGUCCUGCAAUAAAGAAUCAUACAUCUGUGCAUUAUAAAAAUUAGAUUAUAAUUUUUGGUGGAUAUGAUUCUAAGAAGAAUCAUAAUGAUAUUCAUAUUUAUAGAGAUGGAUAAUGGAAUAAAUGUAAAGCUAAUGGUAAAAUACCUGAAAGUAGAAAUGGACAUUCAGCAACUGUGAUUGAGAAUAAAAUGUUUGUUAUUGGUGGAUGGUUAGGAAGUGGAACUUAUGCAAGUGGAGAAGUAUAUGUUUUAGAUCUUGAUACUUUAACAUGGACAUUAGUAAAUACAUUAGGUGAAGUAAUAACAAUAAUUUAAGUAGAUUCCUGGUCCAUGUAAUAUGCAUAGUGCUGAUUUAAUUGGUUAAUUAAUCUAUAUCUUUAGAGGUGGAGAUGGAAAAGAUUAUCUAAAUGAUUUACAUAGUUUCAAUUCUAAAACAAAUAUUUGGAAAUUCAUACAAACUUCUGAAAAGGAUAAACCUCCUCCAAGAGCUAAUCAUAGUUCUACUGUUUGGGAAAAUAAACUUUUUAUUUUUGGUGGAUGGGAUGGUAAAAAAAGAUUAAAUGAUCUCUAUUCUUAUGAUACAUUGACUAAUAAAUGGAGUGAAUUAAAUGCAGCAUAUUCACCUAGUGCAAGAGCAGGUAUGUGUAUGACAACUAUUGAAAAUAAUAUCUAUUUAUUUGGUGGUAGUGGACCAUAAACAACUUGUUUUGGAGACUUAUAAUGUUAUGAUCCAAUUAAAAAUUUAUGGACUGUUGUUGAAUUGUAAGAUGAAGAACACUUUGAUAAAGCUAGAGCUGGUCAUAGUAUGACUGCUAUGGGUAAUCUAAUCUAUAUUUUUGGUGGAUCUUGUGGUUCUUAAUAUUUUAAAGACUUUUUUAUUAUUGAUACUAUCACUCCACCUAAUAUUCAUAUUCUAGAUUUUAAUAAUAUUUAAGUAAAUAACUAUUUUAAAUAAUUCUAUAAUUCACCAAAAUAUAGUGAUCUUAUAUUUAUAGUUGAUAAUCAACAAUUUUAUGCACAUAAAAUAUGUAAAUUUAUAUUAUAUUACAGUAUUAUCUAGAUAUUUAAAUUUCUCUAAACUUUUUGAAUCUGAAUAAUAAAAUUAAGAAUAAAAAAUAUAUAUCCAAGAUACAUCUGCUCUAAUAUUUGAAUAAUUAUUAUUUUAUAUUUAUACUGGUGAAGUAAGUAAUCAAAGUUAUAACUAGGUACCAAAUGAUUAAUUUUCAUCAUGCUUAGACUAAGUCAAAUCCUUAUUACAGACUGCUGAUUAAUAUAUGUUAAUAGAUUUGAAAUCUUUAUGUGAGAAGAUUCUAUGCAAUUUUAUAGAUCAAAACACUGUCUCUUAAUUAAAAUCCUUUGCUGAAUUAUCCAAUGCUCCUUAAUUAUACAAAUAUUGUGAAUGGUACUAAACUCAUCAUAUAUGA